CAUUCCCCCUCUCUUCACUAAUUCCCAACUCUCUCUCUCUUUCUCUCUUUUAUUUUACCAAAACUAAAAACCAAAAACUAAAAAAACGAUGUGUCGUUCCGAGGAGGCCUUGGAAGCCACUUCUGUCGUGGUCGAUUCAAAAUUCAAUUCCCGUCCUGUCCUUCAACCCACUUGUAACCGUGUCCUCGACCGCCGUAAUUCCCUCAAAAAACAACACCCUUCUCUCAAACCCCCUUCCCCCGCCGCCGCCGUCUCCCCAACUUCUCCUAAAUCCAAAUCCCCCCGUCCUCCGGCCACCAAACGAGCCAAUGACGGUAAUAAUCCCAUGAACUCCAGCUCUGAGAAGAUCCUCAUUCCGGCCGCCACGUCACGGCCGAGAGCUACGUUGGAUAGGAAGAAAUCGAAAAGCUUUAAAUUGGGUGGAAAUGGGAAUGUGAUUUGUGAUAAUGGUGGGUUUGAGGUGGCGUAUGCUUCUUCUUUGAUCACUGAAUCGCCGGGAAGUAUCGCCGCCGUGAGAAGAGAACAAGUGGCGCUGCAACAGGCGCAGAGGAAAAUGAGAAUUGCUCAUUAUGGAAGAUCUAAAUCUGCUCGUUUUGAAAAAAUCGUUCCUCUUGAUUCUAAAAUUAAACCCUCUGUUGAAGAUAGAAGAUGUAGCUUCAUCACUCCGAAUUCAGAUCCCAUUUAUGUUGCUUACCAUGAUGAGGAAUGGGGUGUCCCCGUUCAUGAUGACAAGAUGUUGUUUGAAUUGCUGGUUCUAAGCGUAGCCCAGGUGGGUUCGGAUUGGACUUCAAUUUUGAAGAAACGCCAAGAUUUCAGGAAUGCAUUUUCAAGUUUCGAUUCAGAAAUUGUGGCAAAUUUUUCGGAAAAACAAAUGGUUUCAAUCAGCACAGAAUAUGGCAUCGACAUUAACAGAGUCCGAGGAGUUGUCGAUAACUCAAUUCGAAUCCUCCAGAUUAAGAAGGAAUUUGGGUCAUUCGACAAAUACAUUUGGGGAUUUGUGAACAACAAACCAUUCUCACCGCAGUACAAAUCCGGCCACAAAAUUCCGGUAAAGACAUCAAAAUCAGAAACCAUAAGCAAAGACAUGGUCCGACGAGGUUUCCGGUCGGUCGGACCCACGGUGGUUCACUCCUUCAUGCAAGCCGCCGGUCUAACCAACGACCAUCUCACCACUUGCCACAGGCACCUCCAUUGCACCUUGAUCGCCGCCGGCCGCCGUACUCCGGCGCCGACGACGACAACGCCGGAAGUGGAGGAGGAUACGGCGGCGGUUUGUCAAAAACUCUAGAAUUGACUCGAGAAUUUUAAUUAACAGACAAAAAGAAAAAGUGAUAACCUUUACGAGGAGUCAAUCAACCAUGAUUUGCUUGCUAAUUAACUAGAUAACUACAUAUAUAUAUAUAUAUAUAUAUAUAUAUAUAUAUAUAUAUAUAUAUAUAUAUAUAUAUAUAUAUAUAUAUUUGGGUUUAUUUUUUUUUGUGGGGUUUGUGUAUAUUAUAAAAAAUAGACUUGUAAGAGAAAAGAAAAAAGAGAUUGUGGGGUUGUGAAUUUGUGUGGUUUUAUUUUAUUUUAUUUGUGGGAAUUUUAGUGAGAGUGUUUUGUAUAAUUAGAAGAAGGAAAAGAAGAAAAAGAGAGAUUAUUUGAAGUGGUAGGGUUAGAAUAGGAGACAGACAGCAUGUGCUUGUGCAAUUGGGAGGCAAUGGCAUGUGAGUUUGUGUCAGUUUGCUUUUGUAAAUUCCCAUGUGAUCCAUCUAAAUUUCAAACAUUAUUAAUCAUUAUUAUAUUAUUAUUUGCUCUUUUA